AAGAUCGUAUAUAUAAUACUACUGAAUAUGAAACAGCAUUUGAAGCUUAUGCGAGUGAACAUGAAAUUCCAACAAAUAAUCGUAGUCGAAAUCAAUCAGAAAUACAAUAUCCUCCAUUAAAUGAUCUACCACCAGCUUACGAUACAGCAUAUGGUGCUGAAAUGCAUUUACAUGGUUUAAGACAUAAUGCCAAUUUUGAAGCAUAUAAAGCUGGUCCUAAAGCUUGGAAAAUGGUAAUAUAUGAUCAGAAUGCUAAUGAUCUUGUAAGUGUAUCAGAUAGAGGACGUACUGUAACAUUCCAUGGAAAAAAUGAUGCAAUGCUUAAUAAUGAUGACUCCUCACAACUAAAUUCAAACAUAGUAAAUUCAACAAUUUCGAAUAAUAUACCACCACUAUCAGAUUUGCCACCAAAUUAUGAACAGAAUGAUGGACAUAAAUUCAAUAAUGAUGGUCUUGGAGGACGAACUUAUGGCGAAAGAUGGGGCGAUGUUGGUGACAUAAUUGCUGAUAAUAAAUGUAAAGUUGAAGUUAACUUUGGUGACGGAGAAAAAGAAUUUCGAUUUGUAGAAGCUAGAGGAAU